AUGCUCGGCCGCCGCCAUGUCCUCCCAUCCGUUUGCACCACCGUUAAAGAUUUGAUGGUUGAAGGGACCUUUCCGACAGGCACCUUCCUCGUAACCGUGCAAGAUCCCUUUAGUACCGAUGAUGGCGAUCUAGCUAAAGCUCUAUACGGCAGCUUUUUACCCAUUCCCGACAUAAGCUUAUUCGAAAUGCCAAAAGAAGAAGAAUUUGCGCCGGCCAACCAACCUGGUGCAGUAAUUACUGUCAAGGGCAAGGUCAAGGUGAAUCAAGGAAGGAAGAGGAUCAAAUUGAAGGUCACAAAUAAAGGAGAUCGACCUAUCCAGGUUGGCUCGCAUUAUCACUUCAUUGAGACAAAUCCCCACCUCGAGUUCGACCGUAUUAAGUCAUAUGGAUACCGUCUCGAUAUCCCCGCUGGCACGUCUAUCCGCUUUGAGCCUGGAGAUAUGAAGACUGUGACUCUAGUCGAGAUCGCAGGAAACAAGAUCAUUCGUGGUGGCAGUCAUCUGGCUGCUGGCAAGGUUGAUCUUUCUCGUGCGGAGGAAAUCCUUGCCAAGCUCCAAGAAGCGGGCUUCGCACACGCCCCAGAUCCGGUCGGCGACGCUAAGUUUAUUAAUGGUUGUGAAAUAGAUAGAGCCGUUUAUCAAACAAUGUUUGGCCCUACCGUCGACGAUCUCGUCAGAUUAGGCUUUACGGAUCUAUGGGUCAAGGUCGAGAAGGAUCUAACUGUUUAUGGCGAUGAAUGCAAGUUCGGUGGUGGGAAAACCAUAAGAGACGGCAUGGGUCAAGCUACAGGUGUAUCUGACGAGGUAUCACUGGACCUUGCCAUUACGAAUUCUUUGAUUGUGGAUUGGAGCGGAAUCUAUAAAGCAGAUAUUGGUAUCAAAAAUGGAAUUAUUGUUGGCAUUGGAAAGGCUGGAAAUCCAGAUGUGAUGGAAGGGGUUAGUCCCAAUAUGAUCAUUGGGGCUUGCACCGAUAUAAUUGCUGGAGAAGGGCUGAUAAUAACCGCGGGUGGCAUUGAUACUCACGUCCAUUACAUCUGCCCCCAGCAAGCAGAUGAGGCUAUCGCAUCUGGCAUAACUACUAUGCUAGGAGGAGGAACUGGUCCUGGCGCUGGGACUACCGCAACAACUUGCACACCCGGGAAGAACAACACCCGUCUAAUCCUUCAAGCCUGUGAUACCCUGCCUGUCAAUAUUGGAGUUACAGGCAAGGGUAGCGAUAGCGACCCUCUAGCUUUGCGAGAGCAAGUUAUUGCCGGCGCAUGUGGCCUUAAACUUCACGAGGAUUGGGGAUCUACUCCCUCAACAAUCGAUACGUGCCUUUCAGUUUGCGAUGAGUUCGAUGUUCAAUGUCUCAUCCAUACUGACACUUUGAACGAAUCUGGCUUUGUCGAGUCCACGGUCGCGGCAUUUAAAGACCGCACAAUUCAUACAUACCACACCGAAGGUGCUGGCGGUGGUCACGCACCAGAUAUCAUUAGUGUUAUCGAACAUGCUAAUGUUUUACCUGCAUCUACCAACCCAACUAGGCCUUACACGAAAAAUACUCUCGACGAGCAUCUCGACAUGCUGAUGGUCUGCCACCACUUAUCGAAGAAUAUUGCCGAAGACGUCGCUUUCGCCGAAUCACGUAUUCGUGCCGAAACAAUCGCCGCCGAAGACGUUUUACACGACCUUGGAGCUAUUAGCAUGAUGUCAUCUGAUUCUCAGGCCAUGGGCCGAUGUGGAGAGGUGAUUGUCCGGACCUGGCACACGGCCCACAAGAACAAACUUCAACGUGGUCCUCUGAAAGAAGACGAGGGUACAGGGGCAGAUAACUUCAGAGUCAAAAGAUAUAUCAGCAAGUAUACGGUCAACCCAGCUAUUACACAGGGUAUGGGCCAUAUUAUCGGCAGCGUCGAGGUGGGAAAACUGGCAGAUCUUGUAGUAUGGGCUCCUGCUUGGUUUGGAACCAAGCCCACGAUGAUCCUCAAAGGCGGCAUGAUUGCAUGGGCAAAGAUAGGCGACCCCAAUGCGUCAGUCUCCACCGUCCAGCCCAUCGUCGCCCGGCCCAUGUUCGCGCCACUCGUCCCUAAAACAUCCAUCCUCUUUGUUUCUGAAGCAUCAAUCACAAGCGGCAAUAUCGCCUCCUACUCCCUGAAUAAGCGGGUUGAAGCUGUUAAGAACUGUCGCAAGAUUAGUAAGAAGGACAUGAAGUACAAUGAUGCGAUGCCGAAGAUGUCGGUCGACCCGGAGAGUUAUAGGGUCGAGGCUGACGGUGUGCAUGUUACUUGUGAACCGGCGGAUUCCUUGCCGCUGACGCAAGCGGCGUAUGUGUAUUAG